GGGACGGAAAAUCAACUUUAGGAAAGGACGCUAGAUGACCGGAAGUGGGUCUCAGGUGACACUGCCAGGCCCUGCUGUCAGGGAGCGGGUCGUGGAGCGCCAGAAAGGCGGGACGCAGGGCGGGGCCACUUCAGGGGCGGCGCCUACGGGCGAGCCGGGGCGGGGACCCCUUGUCCCCUCGCGGUCCCGCCCGCUUCGGGGCCCGCGGCGGCGCGGCCAUGAAGCUGAAGCUGAAGAAUGUGUUUCUCGCCUACUUCCUGGUGUCGAUCGCCGGCCUCCUCUACGCGCUGGUGCAGCUCGGCCAGCCAUGUGACUGCCUCCCUCCCCUUCGGGCAGCAGCGGAGCAGCUUCGGCAGAAGGAUCUGAGGAUUUCCCAGCUGCAAGCUGAUCUGCGACGCCCACCCCCUGCCCCUGCCCAGCCCCCUGAACCGGAGGCAUUGCCUACUAUCUAUGUUGUUACCCCCACCUAUGCCAGGCUGGUACAGAAGGCAGAGCUGGUGCGGCUGUCCCAGACAUUGAGCCUGGUGCCACGGCUGCAUUGGCUGCUGGUGGAGGACGCUGAGGGUCCCACCCCGCUUGUCACAGGGCUGCUGGCUGCUUCUGGCCUCCUCUUCACACACCUGGUGGUCCUCACACCCAAGGCCCAGCGGCUUCGGGAGGGAGAGCCAGGCUGGGUUCGGCCCCGUGGUGUAGAGCAGCGGAACAAAGCCUUGGACUGGCUCCGGGGCAGAGGGGUUGCUGUUGGGGGGGAGAAGGACCCGCCACCACCUGGGACCCAGGGAGUCGUGUACUUUGCUGAUGAUGACAACACCUACAGCCGGGAGCUCUUUGAGGAGAUGCGCUGGACCCGUGGUGUCUCAGUGUGGCCCGUGGGGCUGGUGGGCGGCCUGCGAUUUGAAGGCCCUCAGGUACAGGAUGGCCGGGUUGUUGGCUUCCACACAGCAUGGGAGCCCAGCAGGCCCUUCCCCAUGGAUAUGGCAGGAUUUGCUGUCUCCCUGCCCUUGCUGUUGGCUAAGCCCAAUGCCCAGUUUGAUGCUACUGCUCCCCGGGGCCACCUGGAGAGCAGUCUCCUGAGCCAUCUUGUGGAUCCCAAGGACCUGGAGCCACGGGCUGCCAACUGCACUCGGGUCCUGGUAUGGCACACACGGACAGAGAAGCCCAAGAUGAAGCAGGAGGAGCAGCUGCAGCGUCAGGGCAGGGGCUCAGAUCCAGCCAUUGAGGUGUGAUGGCGACCCCACCCUGACUACCACCUCACUUCAGGCUCAGACCUUGUGGGACUGGGCCCCAGGCCUGCCCAGGAUGUGGUUUUCCAAUCCUGACCCCUCAGAGCCAGAGGUGCCCGCUCCGCCCCUCCAGGCCCAGGGCCUGGCCUUGCUGCUUCUUUCCUCCCCCAGCCUGCCUUGUGGUACUAUCUACAGACUGGGCACAAGUGGCGUAUUGAGUUAGGUUGGCCCUGUCUGGGUGGUGCAGAAAGAUAGAUGGACUCAAGAGGGAGGGCAGCAGAGGAACUCAGUAAUUUAUUGGGGCUUGGCAUGCACUGGGGGGGCUGGAGGAGUUGGGCUAGACCCUCCCCACCUGAGCAUGCUGACCCCUCCCUCCUACCUCCAGAAUAAAGAAUCUCAACCUGGA